ACGAACGAACUGCAUCUUGUGCCUACUGUUUCCCAGGAAGUUCUCGAUCGUUCUGCUUUUUUUUGUCACCUUUUAUAUUUUCUAUUUGUCAGCAAAGCAAGCGGGCAAGAAUGUUUGCUUGUCUAGUUGCUGGGAGGUUGGUGCAAGGUGAGCCACAGCAAGUUGAUCCCACCCACUUUAUCUUCAACAUUGACAACGCUGCCUCCAUCAAUCAUGUUAUUGUCUUCCUCACUGGGGCUGCAGCUUUCCCGGAGGGUACAGGAGCGGCGGUCCACUUCAGCCAGCCCAGCCCCACCGGAAUGACGUGGCACAACCUAGGUUACAUCUCCAAUGAGAAACCAAGUGUUAUCUUCAAGAUAUCAGGACUGAAAAAUAUGCAAUCAACACCAAAUAGCUUUUUUACACAAGCACAACAGGCCAAUGCACUGCUCCCUUCCACUUCAGCCCAUAUAGGGAUUGCUGUAGAGCCUUUGGCAGAGUUGAAGCAGCAAACACCUGCAGCAAAUACACAAGCAUCGAAUGUAGAAUCCUUUGUGCAAUUCACCCAGAAGAUGCUGGAGAACUUCUACAACUACGCCUCUUCUUUCGCCAUCACCCAAGAUCAGAUGACCCCUCAACCUGGUGUCCAGUACCUGCCCGCUGACGUCCUUACCAAGUGGUAUGAAAACUUCCAGAGAAGACUCACGCAAGAUCCAAAUUUCUGGAAGAAAUGAGAUGAAAAUUCUACACCAGCGGUCAUACUGACGCUCAUGUACACGCACAAACGCUGAAAUGCUAAACUACAUGUAUCAGACUAUUGAACUAAAGCAUUUAAUCAUACUUUGCCAGUUUACACGUAUUAGAAUUUCAGGGUCAGUAUGUCAUCGUCCGUUGCUUUGAAAGAGAGAAAGGUAGUAGCAAAGAGUGAGCUCUUCAAGAUCAAAUUUCUGACUGCAGACUUACGAUGUGUGCAUGUCUCAGGAUGCCGAGUAUUGUGAAGUCAGAUGGCAGAAAGGGCAUCACCUCUUAACCAAGGUCAUAUGGGGCUAUUGCUUCGAGGACAAACAUCCUUGCUUUGCUUUUAGGAGAGCGGUGAAGAUGGAUGCAUCACUGUAGGUUGACACAAGCCAAGAGGAAAACAUGAACUCUUUCUGAUUUAAAGAUGGCAGUUUAAUAUUGAAAGCAAAUGCACAGAAAUAAGAGUUUCAUGCAUGGAAACAAGCAGUGCUAUGCCUGUGGACAAGCUGUACACAGAGGAAGUUUGAUGUAGUUACAAACUGACAGAGCAAUUGAUAUUGAUGUUGCAUAGAUAUCACAGCAUGUAAAUCAUGUUUAUAAGCUUUGAACCAAAGACACAGAGAGUGAGCUUUUUGAAAGAUAGCGUAUGAUUACCAAAUGAAGAAAAUACUUAAAUUUAAGUCAUACUCUACAUGUAGUUCAUUGUUCUCUGUUCAAGUAUUUAAAUUCCAUUGGCAGCGGAAUGAAAUAAAUGUCAUAAUAGGACAUGGACAUGUAUUGGACAUAAAAAUGUUGCAUUCUAGG